AUGUGUUUCUUGUGCCUUUAUACAGCAUACCUUGUCGUGAAGAGCGCUGAAGGCUUAGGAAAAGCAGACAUCGUUGAUGUGGAAUUUUCCAAAAUCUGCCACAUAUAUCUUGGACGACCCGGAGCCGUUACAGCGCUCGUGUUCUCAAUUAUUAUUCUUGUCGGCGCCGUUCUCGCCUAUUUUGUAUUGAUGUCAAAUUUCAUCUAUUUUAGUGGAACGUUGCUGUAUGAGAUUGUGCAUCCAAUCAAUCAAACUAGUAGUAUUCAAGAGGAGGGGAAAUGUAGUAUCUACUGUCAUGUAAAUAACACGUUCGGAUCUCACUCAUCGGAAAUCAACGAUCCACCACUUAUCUUCGGCCUAAAAUUCGAUGACAUUUGGCAGUUACAGGUUAGUGAUCCUUACUGUUGA